AUGAAAUUUGGUUCACGCAUUGGUCUUGAGGUGGUUGCACAAGACCUGAGAAAAGACAACCCCCUUCAGUUCAAAUUCAGAGUCAAAUUCUACCCAGAAGAAGUAACAGAGGAGCUCAUUCAAGAGAUUACACAGCGGUUGUUCUUCCUGCAAAUCAAAGAAGGUAUCUUGAGUGAUGAGGUCUACUGCCCACCAGAAACCUCAGUGUUGCUAGCAUCAUACGCAGCACAGGCUAAAUAUGGACCUCAUAGUGCUUCAACAAAGGCUAAGCUUACAGAGGACACCAACAUCCUACCUAAAAGAGUGAUAGAACAGCACAAGAUGACUAAGGAGCAGUGGUACGAACGUGUCUCAAAUUGGCACCAAGAGCAUCUGUCAUUAUCGAAGUAAGUCCUUGUU